GUCCAUCUCCUUUGUCACAUAAGCUGUUUUCAACAGGACAACAGCAAAGCACAUUCUCUCUGUUAUUUCUCUCUCUCUAAAAUUCUCACUGACGCAAAACCUGAAAGAGAGAGAGUCAAGAAAAGAUCUCUCCUCAGUCUCCAUCGCCAUGAACGACCUUUUAAAUGAUGGUUUUGAUACCUAUGAGGCCCCUAGGAAUCAAAAUGAUAGACAUGGAGAUAUUGAAAUGGGAAUACAAAGACCAAUGGACUCUGGGGAGCUAGGUCUUGAUGAUUUCUUUAAGCAGGUUCACCAAAUUGAGAAGCAGUAUGAGAAGUUGGAAAAGCUCCUCAAGAAGCUUCAGGAUGCUCAUGAGGAAUCAAAGGCUGUCACAAAAGCUGCUGCUAUGAAAGGUAAUCUAUUUUCUUGUGCUUAUACUGUGUGGCAUGUGCUGGAAGAAUUUGAUUUGCAUGACUGAUGUGUUAUUCACUCA